CCUGGUUUUGACUGGACGCUGCUGGUGAUGGCAGAGAGCAGCAGUGCUGGCGAAAUGCGCUCCUUUGACUUGGGUCAUAGCUCUGAAGCAAAGAAAAGACAUAUUUCUGCUGAUGGCGGAGAAGAGCCCAUGAGGAAGAUGCCUGUUUCAAAGUUUGGUUCGCGACCUCGUUUUGAGCCUGUGCACUUUGUUAGUGGCGGCAGCAGCAGUGGCGGGGCAGGGGGAGGACAAAGCGGCCCUGAUGAGAAGGAAAACGAUAAACAAACCAAAAGGAGUGAAUUCCAUGGCGGGCGAUACAGGGGAUAUGAACACACAUCCUACAGCAGCACUGGACGAGCAUCAAGCACCUCCCUCAGGCCUGCUUUUGAUAGAGUGCCAUCUCACAGCUUUGACUCUUGGGCUUCCCGUAGGGAUCAAGACAGGGGCAGAAAUAAUGUUCCCUCAAGUGGCCUGGCCUGCUUAGGGUAUGGAGGCCGUGGCUUGUCAUCAAACUUCGUGGAAAAAAUGCAACGAAACUAUACAAACAAGUAUGAGGCCCAUACCUUUCGUAACACAGAUUCCUACUCACAGCCAUACAGGCACAAUGGAUAUGGGGGAGGCAACAGAUCAUUUGGGUGGGACUGUGGACGUCGGGGUUUGGGGUACAGCCACCAGGACCGCCCUCAAAAUCGAGCAUAUGGUGGCCCUGCCGCCUCUCAGCCGGGGGCUUCGUCGCAGGCCCUCCCUAUUAACCAGGCCACGCUAUUCGAAAAGCAGAGGCUCGUCGCAAGUCUGGCAUCAGCGUUGGCCACCUCUUUUUGGGAUCCUCAGUACGCAACUGGAACAGAGGCUCCAAAUUACAGUUUCAUGUUGAGCCGCAGCAUCCAGGCCUGCAAGACCAACCCUCAGUACAUUUACGUCAACCUAAAGGAUAUCCCUCAUUCGGAUCUACCCAAGAACCGCAAAGUGCCGGCGGACGGCUACGCCUGCGAGCUGAGGUGUCAGGGAGUCUAUUUGGCCACGGGAUACUCGGGCAGUAAAAACGGAGCGAGGGACCGUGCCUCCGAACACGCUGUCAAACUCUUCAUGAAGCCUGUUGAGGUGUGCGUGGUGCCGCGUAAGUAUAGGCAUACAAUGCUCAAUGAUGUCGUGGUGUGCCAGAUUAACUGCCCCACCCCCACCUUCACGCCUGCCCUUUGGAACCCGGAAAACAUCGGCUAUCCCAGCUUUAAGGGCCCCUACGAGCCUGACAUGAGCAAACACUGGACUGAGUUUGUGGUCAUGGAUAAUGCCCAGGAUGCCAUUUGCAUUCUCAACAAUUCUGCCGCUUUUAGUCACAUGAAGGUGGACUAUAAAUUUGAGCAGCUCCCCAACGGCUCCUGGCUGUGCAGUGUCUAUGUGCAGGAUGAAAUGGUGGCGCAGGCCAGCGGUACCAAAAAGAACUCCAAGCAUGCCGCUGCAGCUGAGGCGCUGGCAAAGUUGCGCAUGAACCAGGCGCAACGACAGCACCAACAGCAACUGCCUCAGCACACCAGGGGAAAUUAUCAAACAGACUCGUCCGGUGGGCAGUUCGGCAUGAAAAAGAAGCAUCUGAGCGAGCUGGUCAUCUUGGAGAAUUCAGACAAUGCUGUGUGUAUCAUCAACGACACGGCUCAGUUCAACAAGGUGACAGCCGACUACAAGUUCAUCUGUUUGCCUGAUCAUCGCUGGAGAUGUGAAGUAUACUUGGAAGGACAGUAUGUUGCAGCAGGAGUGGGAGCCAAAAAGCAGGUGAAACACAUCGCAGCACAAGAGGCCUUGGCCACCUUGAGACAGACGCAGGCUGUGGUCAAGUCUAAUCUUAGAAAGGAGGGUCACAACGACGCCAUAUCUCGCUCCCAGAUACUGGGUCGCUCAGGCGAGGGGGCCAUGAGGCAGGAGAUAAAGGAAGACAACAUUGGCAACCAGCUGCUGCGCAAGAUGGGCUGGACAGGAGGAGGUUUGGGGCGAGAUGGAGAAGGUAUCGCCGAGCCCAUCAAAGUCAAGGAGCAGUUUUCAAGGGAGGGGUUGGGUAUGGAUACAGACAAGUUUGGGAGCCAGCUCAGCAAACGGGACAUCGAGGACAUCAUUCGAAACUACGUCAGCUCUGACCGACAAGACGACCUGCGCUUCUCCACGGACCUGACCAACGACGAGCGCAAGCAGAUCCACCAGGUGUCCCAAAAGUAUGGCCUACGGAGCAAGUCAUAUGGACAGGGCCGGCAGCGGUUCCUCGUCGUCAGUCGCAGAGUGGACACUGAUCAGCUCAUUGGCCAGCUACUGCAGGAAGGACAAGUGGGUCGUUACGAACUGGUCAAACCUCAGGCCUCUCACUAAUUUGCAUGUCAACUCGAGAUGCCACAUUUGACUUUAGAACAAAUCCACAUUCGUGAUUUGGACUCACGUAAGGCCUGGACGCUUCCUGCAUUCCUUUGCCAUUAGAUGUCCUCAAUCUUUUGAAUUUUUUUUCAUGUCACUUUUACUUUUACAUGUGUCUCCAGUGUUCUGAUGGCUGUCAAUCAUUUCUUAAGGGCCUGUUUCACUGGCCUGGAGACUGGCGACUCAAGUCUCAGCGACAUCUUGUGAAAAAUGGCUGGAUCAGCAAGGAGUUGUGAUGAAAUUGAUUUCAUUGGAGACUCCUUUGUACGCUCACUAUCGAGAGAAAGCUUAAAGUCACAAAACUGCUAUCAGUUGUUACCAAAAUAUGUUAACAUCUGUAUUUGUGCCCACUUAAACCUCUAAAAUAUCAGAAUAGUUGCUCAAUAUUUUGAAUUUUUAUGGCCGUUAAAGCGUUUAUAACUGAGGACCUUCCCAGCAUCCGUCUUCAGGUGGCUGAGCUUUGAGGAUAGCCAAUGAAACUUUUGGGACAUGCCUAUUUGACAGUUGAAAAUAAAAAUCAGAUAUCUUGGAUCCCUAAUAGUGAGUUACAUAUUACUUUCUCUUCCUGUCAAACUCAAAUAGCCACAAAGCUCCUGCUGCAACCUGCACGCAACAAGCACUGCGCCUGCUGCACAUUACUUGUUUUUCUUGCAUCAGAAUGUUUUUGUAAGGGUGAGAAAACAAGGUUGAAAUCAAUCCAUUAUCUGAGCUGCUUAUCCUCACUAGGGUUGUGGGAGAGCUGGAGCCUUUCCCAGAUCCCUACAGGCAGGAGGCACCCUGAACUGGUCGUCAGCCAAUCACAGCAAACUUGAAAUCCUGCUUGAAAUUUGAUUAAUUGCCAGCCCAUACGUUAAUGUAUAUGGUUUUGUCUGAGUUGCAAGUGGUUUUAAAGACCCUUUGUCAUUGUCAAAUUUUGGUUCUUAACAUUAAAUAUGUUGGAUUAUACUUGCUGACAACCUAAAAAAAAAUGAAAACAAUUAAGUAAUUUUUGUUGAUAUAUCAUUAAACCGUUUUUCCAUAA